GCGAAUAAAGGCAGUGUAAUUAUGAAACGAUUUGAAUUCUUGUUUCUCGCGCUCAUCCACGGCGCGAGUUCUCUACCCUUUUUCCUAUACCAUGCAAAUGAAGGUUUAAGCGAUCUGCGACGACCUUGUGAUGAUUAUUACCGGGACGUUUGCGACAAAUGGGAGCUGAAGAAUAAAGGGCCCAAAUCAGAGCCGGUCUGGAGUCAGUUUGUGGCCACUGCUUAUGAAAUCAACAACAAGAUUCAGAGUAUUCUUAUCGAUGAUGACUUUAACAGCGAAGGAAAGAUAUUUUACGCAGGUUGCGUUGACGACGAAGCCAACUACAUCCAACAAUUCAGAGUUUUUGCGAGGAAACUUGGCGGCUGGAACGACCCUCAUCCGGAAGUAUUUUUCAAAAUAGCCGAAACCACUCGUCUGCUCGGCAUCCAUCCAAUCAUUAAGUUGACUGUCGAUGUUGAUUACUCCAAUCAUACGAGACAUAUACUAUACGUAGAUUCCGGAGAUUUCGUUUUUCCAGAGUUAUUCUUAGCCAACCCCAAGAAGUACACAAAAGAGUUGCAGGUAUACCGUAAAUGGAUUGCACGCACCUUACACCACGUCCUUGGCGAUGAAAUCAAUGAGCGAGAGAUCCAAGAAAUCGUCGAUUUCGAAAUUGUUUUAGCGGAUAUUCGGGAUGAUCAGAUGAAAAUGAUUAACUUGAAACACCUGGUUUACAUGAAGGAGUUCCUAAGGUAUUUGCUAGAAGGUACAGCUGUAGAUUACAAUAAAUUGCAAGACAUCGUGGUGAAACCAAAGCGGCUCGAAGAAUUGCUGAUCUUAUUAAACAACACCGAGGUGCGUGUUGUCUCGAAUUAUAUUAUGUGGUGCGCAAUCAAGGACCUGUCCCGAGACGUCGAUCCCCAAUUGAGGAAAUUCUCAUUCGAAGUGGAUAAAGCUAUUCUGGGCAUCGACGAAGACCUGGACAGGAAGCACGAGUGCACUCAGCACGCGCUCAAGAAUUUCGGUGGUGAUUUGAUCAGGACAUACAGAUUCGACGAAGACAUCAUCUCUGGGGUCAGUCAGAUGGCGAACAAUCUCAAACUGGAGUUCGUGCGGCAAUUGCUCGACAAUAAUUGGAUGAGCUUCGAACUCAGGGCUGAAGCCGUGCGGAAAAUCCUUUCCGUUCGAUUCGAAAUCGGCUAUCCCAAAUUGUCGAACAAGAAUGUCAAGCGUGUCGCAAUGGGGGAUAACCAUUUCAUUAACGUUCUGAAGCUGAAGAAUUUAGAAGCCAAAUCUUCUUUGGAGCAGCUCAAUCACGACACAAAGCGCAUUAAUUGGCCCAUCUCAGUGUUCGAUGUUAACGCGUACUAUAGCUUGCUGCAUAACGCGAUUAUUUUACCAUUGGGUAUUUUGCAUCAACCAUUUUACGAUCCACUCAGACCGGCUUCCGCAAAUUACGCAGCUCUCGGAAGUUUGAUUGGGCAUGAACUUUCACAUGCUUUGGAUUCGCUUCUGGAUGAUCUUAAAGUCGCCUGCUUUCAGACACAGUUGGGUGCGGUUGCUGAAAACGUUGCCGAUCAUGUUGGGCUUACGAUAAGCUAUAAUACUAUGCUGCAAGCGACGGAACGUAUACCUUUCAUGGAUAGGAGGAAGAUCUUUUUUCGGAAUUACGCUAAAAUGUGGUGUGAAGUAGCUGAACAGAACGAUCUACUUUUAGCCGAAGAUCAUGCGCCGGUAAAUAUUCGCGUCUUAAAGACUUUGGCGAACUCUCAAGCUUUCAACGCGUUGUACAAAUGUGAAACUAAAGAGCAAUGCAUUAUUUGGAAUUAAAUACAGUUUGCUAAAACAAUCAUCACAAUCAAAUGUCUAAUUGUACUUUUAAUAUCUCGAAUAUGUUUGUUUACAAUUUUUUAAGCAGGAUUAAUAAGUAAUCUAAAAAUCAGAUCAUAAGAAAUCCGCGGAUUAGUUUUUCAUCUCGUAGUUAAUUUGUACACAAAUGCAUUCAAGCUAAAGUGAUAUAUUAUAAGGUAUUCAUCUUCAUUAGGUUAUAUUUGUCUUACUGAAUCAUAGUAAUUUAUGAAAUGAUAUAUAAAUAUUAUACACGUUGCGAAUGCGUGAUGAAAAUUAUCACCAAAAUAGAUCUUGGAGAUAUCACAAUCAUUUGUAUUAACUGAUAUAAUACAUUAAGAUUAUUUUAUUUUCACUUAUUACAAUAUAUAAUCCGGUAGGAAAAAAUACAACUUGAAAUUCAAUUAAAUCUUUCUUGAUUUAUCUACUAUAUAAUUUUAUAUAUGUCU